GGGCCUGUGCCCCAGUAGUGUUAUGUCUAACAACGCCUCUGAACUACUCUGAUAACUGCACGUCUGAAUCACCUCUGUCUGUGCAACAGGGUUUAUCUUAUCUGGGAUACGGAAAAAGCUGUGAAAAAGCCGUGGCAGAGGUUGAAGCUGAAGGGCGUUGGCCUGGUGUCACAACACAGGUCAUUACCCAAUCACAGCUCUGCGCCCACAAGCUUACAUCAACACUGGUCAUUACCCGAUCAUAUCAGCCCUGCGAGCACAUGCUUGAUCAAUACACAUCCGCAUUAGCGACAGACAACUGCAACAUAUUGAGUAUUUGGACCAGCAAUUUUCCAGGUUGAGUUGGGGACCGAAUCACAAACCAGGGUUAAUGAGGACCCUCUGAUAGAGCCCGUCAGUGUGUUGCAGGAGGAGGGGACCACAGCGGUCAUUUGUACAAACAAUAACAGGAAAAGUCUUGUUGUGGCACAGAGCCCACUUCCUGUUGUUAUGUGUGAUCUGGUAUGGAGCCCACUUCCUGUUGUUAUGUGUGAUCUGGUAUGGAGCCCACUUCCUGUUGUUAUGUGUGAUCUGGCACAGAGCCCACUUCCUGUUGUUAUGUGUGAUCUGGCACAGAGCCCACUUCCUGUUGUUAUGUGUGAUCUGGCACAGAGCCCACUUCCUGUUGUUAUGUGUGAUCUGGCACAGAGCCCACUUCCUGUUGUUAUGUGUGAUCUGGUAUGGAGCCCACUUCCUGUUGUUAUGUGUGAUCUGGUAUGGAGCCCACUUCCUGUUGUUAUGUGUGAUCUGGUAUGGAUCGUGCGGCCUGCCCUCCUGGCUGUGGCAUGACAUCGAUCAGGUCCCAGAGGGAGUGAGGCGUGGCUUUAUGGUCCAGUCCUACACUGGUCAGCCCACAGGGUCAUCCCCUGGCCUGCAUCGAGGCAGAGCAGCCGUCAGACCCGCACCGCAGAACGGGCCCAGGGCAGCAGCAGCACACCUGUUCUAGUUCUAGUGAGACAGAAUCUGUCCUCAGUGGAGGGUUCUGAAUGGAGCAGAGACCCUGAAGGAAGAUUGUAAGUGGAGCAGAGAUCCUGAAGGAAGGCUGUGAGUGGAGCAGAGAUCCUGAAGGAAGGCUGUGAGUGGAGGAGAGAUCCUGAAGGAAGGCUGUGAGUGGAGCAGAGAUCCUGAAGGAAGGCUGUGAGUGGAGGAGAGAUCCUGAAGGAAGGCUGUCUUCAGAGAGGAGCCUUGUGGAUCGUCUCCGAGGGGGAUGCGGGCAGACUGGGGAGGAGAGAGAGGAGAGGCCCACCUCAACAGCAAUCUCCUGGUUCCAGACCAGCUGAGCUCCACCUCCGACGCGGAUGCCAUGAAGGGCAGGUCUCCGGGCCACCUUGGGGCCCCUGGCUUCAGCCCAGAGCGCCAGGUCCCUCCUGCCCCCCGGGCAGAGCUGCUGGGGCCUUCCAAGGUGAAGGAUCGGACCCAGCACGUCACUGAGAAGGUGACGCAGGUGUUAUCCUUGGAGUCAGAUGUGCUUCCAGAGUACAAGCUCCAGCCUCUGGACACCUCCAGAUGGACCCUGCUGCACUACAGCCCCUUCAAGGCCAUGUGGGACUGGCUGAUCCUGCUGCUGGUCCUCCACACUGCCGUGUUCACCCCCUACUCCGCCGCCUUCCUCCUGGACGAACACCGGGAUGUCGGCAGGAAGAGCUGUGGCUACACCUGCGACCCCCUCAACCUGGUGGACCUCCUGGUGGACAUCCUGUUCAUCGUGGACAUCGGCAUCAACUUCAGGACCACCUACGUGAACCACACUGACGAGGUGGUCACCCAGCCUGGCAGCAUCGCACUGCACUACAUCAAGGGUUGGUUCCCCAUCGACCUGGUGGCCGCCGUGCCCUUCGACCUGCUGAUCUUAGGCUCCGGCUCUGACGAGAUGGCCACUCUCAUUGGCCUAUUGAAGACGGCACGUCUUCUCCGAUUGGUCCGCGUGGCCAGGAAGCUGGACCGCUACUCGGAGUACGGCGCUGCCGUCCUCUUCCUGCUCAUGUGCACGUUCGUGCUCAUCGCCCAUUGGCUGGCCUGCAUCUGGUACGCCAUCGGCUUCGUGGAGCGUCCGUACACGGAGACGGGCUGGCUGGACAACCUGGCGGAGCAGCUGGGGAAACGCUACAACGACAGCGACGCCACGUCCGGUCCGUCCAACAAGGACAAGUACGUGACGGCUCUGUACUUCACCUUCAGCAGCCUGACCAGCGUGGGCUUUGGGAACGUCUCCCCCAACACCAACUCUGAGAAGCUGUUCUCCAUCUGCGUCAUGGUCAUUGGAUCCCUCAUGUACGCCAGCAUCUUCGGGAACGUGUCGGCCAUCAUCCAGCGCCUGUACUCGGGCACCACGCGCUACCACACCCAGAUACUGCGGGUGAAGGAGUUCAUCCGCUUCCACCAGAUCCCCGGAGGACUGCGCCAGCGCCUGGAGGACUACUUCCAGCACGCCUGGUCCUACACCAACGGCAUCGACAUGAACGCAGUGCUAAAGGGCUUCCCGGAGUGUCUGCAAGCGGACAUCUGCCUGCACCUGAACCGCAGCCUGCUACAGAACUGCAAGGCAUUCCGGGGGGGCAGCCAGGCAUGCCUCCGCGCCCUGGCCAUGCGCUUCAAGACCGUGCACGCCCCACCAGCCGACACGCUCGUCCACUUCGGAGACGUCCUCACCGCCAUCUACUUCCUGUCCAGGGGCUCCAUCCAGAUCACCCGCAACAACGUGGUGGUGGCCAUACUGGAGAAGAACGACAUCUUCGGGGAGGCCCUGUACUCGGAGCCAGGGAAGUCCAACGCAGACGUGCGUGCCCUGACCUACUGUGACCUCCAGCGCAUCCAGCGGGACGACCUCCUGGAGGUGCUGGACAUGUUCCCCAGCUUCGCCCACUCUUUUUGGAGGAACCUGGAGAUCACCUUCCACCUGCGAGACGAUGAGCAGCUUCCACCCCUGACCUCGCUGGCAGACUCAGGAGACGAGUGGGUCUGCCACUCCGGACACAGAGGGCACUCCCUGGACUGCAGGAACAGACCCGACGGGAUGGACCAGGACGACCCGUACCCCUGCCGGCAUUGCUCCGCCCCCCUGAGCGCGUGGGAGGAGCUCUGCAGCUGUGGCUCCUCCUCUUCCUCCUCCCACACCAGUGACAAGCCCCACCCACCCCGGGGCAGGGGGGAGGAGGGACUGGGCUACACCCCCCCUGGGGUGCAGCUGUUGCCCCCUAGUGGCGUCUCCAGACCACAGGAGCGCUCCAUGGAGCGGGCCCUGCCAGCCUCUCUGUUGGCCGUUUCCGGGGCCGGUUCCGGGGCCGUUUCCGGGGCCGUUUCCGAGGUGUACAGGUACUGGCCGUCCGGCUCCCCCCAGUACCCCGCCCGCGGCUGGCACUCCUCCUCCAUCAGGGCCACUCCGGCCCCGCCCCUGGCCCCGCCCCCCAGCGACCUGGAGACGCGGCUGGAGCUACUGCAGUCACAGCUCCACAGGCUGGAGACGCGCAUGACAGCUGACAUCACUGUGAUCCUGCAGCUGCUGCAGGGGCAGGUGGUCCCCCCUGCCUACAGCAGCCCAGCCGGCCUCUACAGUACCACAGACCCGGACCUUCAUAGCCUCUACCCCCCACCCACCCUGGCCCUGGACAGCCCCCCCCCACAGCCGUCUGCAGACGUGAGGUCAGAGGUCAGGUCCCAGGAGUCCCUGUCCUCAGGCAUCCACGUCACCCUGGCCUCGGACGACACCAUGUCCGUUACCCCGGAGACGGAGGGGAGAGCGUUGCUAGGCGCCCAGGCCUCGGUCCGGCCCUCUAUAACGGGGCCUCCAGGACUGAGCAGGAGACUGCGAUUCCCCUCCCUGCCUGGGAGCCUGGACCUCCCCCCCGGCCCAGAGGACCUCCCCCCCGGCCCAGAGGACGUCCACACACACCUGUCAGACCCAGCGCUGCCUCUCACAUGAAGCCCCCACACCGUCCGACCCCCCGGCCCAGAGGACGUCCACACACACCUGUCAGACCCAGCGCUGCCUCUCACAUGAAGCCCCCACACCGUCCGACCCCCCCGGCCCAGAGGACGUCCACACACACCUGUCAGACCCAGCGCUGCCUCUCACAUGAAGCCCCCACACCGUCCGACCCCCCGGCCCAGAGGACAUCCACACACACCUGUCAGACCCAGCGCUGCCUCUCACAUGAAGCCCCCACAGCGUCCGACCCCCCGGCCCCAAACACAGCCCUCACACCGUCCGACCCCCCGGCCCCAAACACAGCCCCCACACAGUCUGACCCUCCGGCCCCAAACACAGCCCUCACACAGUCUCCCCCUCCGGCCCCAAACACAGCCCUCACCUUGCUGCCGUCUUUCACUUGUGUAUUAGUUUUCACUUUACAUCCCCUGCAGGUGAGACACCCUACCAGGCUGGUUUCCAGGCUGGUUUCCAGGCUGAGUAUGACGCAGCUCUCUGGACCUGAACUUUCUCAGUGGUUACAAAAAUCAAUUGAAUACCUCAGUAGCAGUUGAGUACUAACAGAACAUUAAGUAUUUUGAAGCAGCAGCCAGCAUCUUGCUCUGCAUCUUAAAGAACUAAACCUCUACCUGACUUUUUUUCUUUCUUGACU